GAAAUUAAAGGAGAUGAUGAGAGCACAAAUUCUGUAGUGGCAAUAAUAUAUUAUUAUUGUAUUAGAAAAGUGAGAAAGCUUGGGAAAAUGGGCGACAAGGGAAGUAGUUCAGAAUCUUUGCUGAAUUCAGAAAAAGAUGAGCUUCUUCCGAGCCGCUCAAAAUAUUCCUCAACCAGGUCAGCAUGGACGUUUUGGUUGGUUUAUACGACAGCUGUGGUUGUGCUUGGAUCCUCUUUCCAAUUUGGAUUCGGCACGACCUGUAUGAAUGCGCCAGAGAAGGUAAACUCUGAAAUUUAUGGUUUUAUUUAGUGGCCUUCGAGUUAAAGAAAUCGGUGCUUGCUUGAAAUGUGAAGCCGCACGUUCUCCAUUCGGGCUGUAAUUGUGUUAAUCCGAUCCCGUGACAAAAUUUAGCUUUAGAUGAAACCGAGUCAACUGUCUUUUUAAUGUGAAUGAAAAGUAAACCUAGAACCGUAACCCUAGAUAAAGCAGGUACUUGCAAAUUUAAUUUAGUAUAAUAUUGCCCAACGAAACGCUAGCAACCCAGUCACAGGUAGCCCAACCAACCGACUGUUGCGUAAUAAUUUCCCAAAUCUGAGGAUUUGCAUGGUUUCUAAACCCAACAUAAAUAUGUGUGAAAAAGAUUUUGGUAGAAACUUGGGCCUACCUCACUUAGUUAAUGUGUUCCUAUACUUGAGCCCUAGUGCAACCAGUUUGCUCUCUUCCUGAGUGAGGCUGGGUACUUUUCAAGGCAGUGGAAUGCAAAUGCUGAGGUACCCUGCAAACUGUGCCUCCUUUGAUCUUCCUAGAUAAAUCAGAAAGAGGAAGGAACCUCUGCUGACUUCCUCGACAAUUCAUAUUGAGCAUGCUCCAAAUUCAAAUUUUUAUGCAACGUCAAUCAAACCGUUACCACUGUGUUUGUCAAAUAAAGGCACCAAUUAAUAUAAACGAACAGAAGCUGCAAAUGUAAGUGUUAGCGGGAACAUACCGGUUCAUUUUUACUCUUCAGUAUCCAGGGCUGUCAAAAAGCUUUCAAGUAGCAGGCUGAUAAUGAAUGGUAGGCAGCUUUGGAACUCGCACCAAAGGCACAAGUUCUUGAGGGCCGAGGCAUCUAGGGACAUUUUGAAAUCUGGAGUCUUAGAAAUGGCAUUUCCAGGGGUUUCAAGAGGCAUUUUCCGAUGCAGAUGCUAUGUUGUUUCGUCACUACACUCACAACACUGGGAACAAUGCCAUCAAAAUGUAGCAGGCAUUCCAUGACAUCGCACGGCUCAAGCGUUUCACAGAUCUAAACCUGUUCAAAUAUGCAUUCAAUGACUCAUUCAAAACUGGAACUCGAAUGCUUUACAAUUUUAUUCAAUGGUGCUUAUUUUUUGUUAGCAGUUAUGGUAAAAGGGGAUGAAAGUAGUCGGCUAAGGAUGACUAACUAGCCGUGUGCUUUGGCCAGCUACCGGCCCUUAUUGACUGUGUUUCCUCUGGGAGUCUAAACUUGCCAUGUUUCAGUAUAAAGAAGACAAUAAAACUAAGAGCUAAGGUAAUAAUUACUGUGCUUUUCAAAAACAUGCGACCGAACACUGAAGUUCAAAAGCAACGAGCCUUGAAACACAGAAACACACAAAACAGAUCAUCAAAAUCCACCAAUCACAAACCAUGACCUUUUGUUUCCUAAGAGGUUUGCUAAGAUAUAAAGGCGCCAAUUCUUCAGAUUUUGAUUGAUGUUGCAGAAAAACCCAAAAUUCAAAGACGUUUUUUACAUCACAGGGGGUGUGUUAUCUAGCUGUAAAAGCAUCGAUCAUUUAAAUGCAACUUGGAUUCUACAGCCUCAUGAUCUUAUUUUGAAUUAAUGUUAUGAAUGAGCAAACACAAGAGAAUAGGCAUAGAUAUUGUUUCUUAAACUGUAUUUUUAGUCAGAACCCAUUAGUUUAUCCUGCCAAGAACUUUGUGUAACUCUUACUGGAUUGUGGAUCCGCUCAUGCAAGUAAAAUUGGCUAAGCUCUUGAUUGAAUGCAAAACAAAAUCCAUCUCAAAUCGGGGAGCAUUUUCCAAUUUUUCUAAAACUGAAUGUUCGAUCUAUAAUUUUUUCAAAAUUCCUGCAUGAAAUUAAAGCGGCAGCUGUUUGUUUUGUUAUAGAGCAUGAGUGCAGAAAGAGUCAGCAAUACUCCAGAAUAUGCAUGCGUGCACAGAGAAAACUGGUUUAUCCAGUAAGAAACUUGUCUGAUUCAUCCAAAUCGCAGAAUGAUCAGCAAAUCAAAGGAAUUUGAAGAUGUCGGCAGAGUCGCUUUCUCUUUCCCGACUUAUCUAGGAAAGAUCAAAGCGACUCUGCUAGCAGGGUAAUACUGAGGGAAAAUAGCCUAAAAUUAAUUGCUAUGUACAACAGAUACUUUCCACGUACCUCCAAAUAUAUGUAAUUGUGAAGAACAGUACCCCUUAACAUACAAACAACCAACAGUUGACUGACAAUCAAUCAACUGUCAGCAAUAGUCAGCCGACAGUUAGCCAACAGUCAACCGACUGUUAGUCAACUGCAUGUUGGUCAACUUUCAGUCGACAGUAGGCCAACAGUCUACCAAGUUUUCAGAGUAAGAGAAAAAUUUUGUAAUCUACUUGUACUUUGGACAACCAUCAUAGAAAUUUUGAUUGUCCAAAAUGCAAAACUGCAUGUCCAAAAUGUUUGGUUCAACUUCAUUUAUAAAUGAAGUGAACGUAAAAGACAUAUAACAUGCCACCUUUAGCAUGUUUUCAUUAAUAUCAACGUUAUUUGAGGUAUAAUUUACAAUGCUACAAAUGUUAGUUAGGCCAGGGUCCUAAUCAUAAGACGCAAAGCUCACAGAAACAAAUGGAAUGGCCACAGAAUUAAUAAAGGAAUUUACACUCAUGAAUUUUGUCAAGUUGGAUAUUUGCUUUAUAUGACGAGGAGAUAAAUUUCAAUACUAUUGAAAUUCAUGUUUGUGUGGUUGUAGUUCAGCAAUCAAUCAAUCAAUCCUCUUUCCAGUUGGGGUCCAUCUCAAGGCAACUGUGGGUGUUCUUCACACAACCCUCUAAAAAUAAACACUCUUUGCACUCUUUUCAACUACAUACAAAACAUAAUUCUCAGAGUUUACUAUAAUAAUUAUAGUAAACUGUGUUGAUAAAAAUUAUUUUUAUCAACACAUUAAUUUUUAGUCCCUCCUCUUCAACACACAAAUUCACAUCGCGACCGCACUUUUAAAUUCCCCGAUCGCGAGUUACUAUUAAGUCCUAGUUCUUAAAUGCAAAACUUUUGUGGGAUAGACUUGCUAAGCUAUUGAGCAAUAAUAUUAUUCGUGAGUGGACAUACGUGUAGGAUUUUAAUUUUUGGUCAGUUAUAGAAGGCAGUUUGCCAGAGAUUGGAGCCCGAUUGACCUCUGUACAUGAAAUUCAUGUGCUAUUGAAAUACAUAAAAUUACUAGUGUUCAUUAAGGAAAGAUAUGCAGUAUUUGAGUACCUGGUGAUCCCUACAACUCUUCCUGCAUGUUGUUUGUUUAGUUAUAUUGUCUGGUGUAUGUGAAGGGUUUUUUAAGGUUAAAUUAAAUUUGAUUGUGUUUUUCUUUCAUAACAGAACAUUAAAGAUUAUUUCAGAAAGUAUGGAACAUUUACUGAACUGAUGUGGUCAACAGCAGUGGCCAUAUUUGCAGUUGGUGGAAUGUUUGGUUCAGUUAUUGGUCAAAUCAUAGCUAAUUUCCUAGGAAGGUACAUGGUCAAUUUUCGUGUUAUCAAGCAUUGCAACAGCAAGUCUCUGUCCUCCAGUCUAAAAUUAUUUUCUUGACACAUUUUUAAAAUAUUUUUUUCUGAUUUUCCUUGACAGUAAAAGAACCCUGUUGCUAAACAAUAUACCAGCAAUUAUUGGCUCCUUGAUGAUAUUUUCUUCUUACUAUGCUAAAGGACCAGCCUUACUCAUUAUUGGACGACUUAUUUUUGGAUUUAAUAAUGGUAAGGGUUUUGCUGCAUCAUUCUAUGUUGUUCAUUUUCUUUAUGAUGCUUGUAGUUGUGAUUUUGCUACAGCACCAAAUAAGUUGGCAAUAUGAAGAGUUCCAUAAAGUAUUCAUCUAUUGAUUUAAUUAACGAUUUUUCCAAAUUGCUUUUUUUUGUUUUUCUUUGUUUUAAAAUAAUGCUUACACAGCAGAUACAUUGUACAAUAAAAGAAUAGCAGGACACCCUAGACCUGUUCAAGAUCAGGUCCUUUGAAAAUUACAGAUACAUGCUGUACACUGUAAAUAUCUUAGGAGUUGGACAUUAUUAAUUUGCUCUCUUAACUCAUCUAGGUCGUUAGUUUUUGACUUGGUAAAGUUGAUAUAUAUACAGGGUGUAUUAACACAGGUUAGAUAAGAUACAGUGUAGUAAUAUUGUUUUGAUCAGUACAAUUUAUUAUUAUUUUUUUAAUUUUUAUUUUUUAUCAUUAUUCAUUUUUAUUUAUUUAUAUUAUAUUUACUUAUUAUGUUAUUUGCUUACUUAUUUAUUAAACUAUAUUUUUGCUGGUGUGAUUUUAUCUUCAGAAUAGUAAAUUUAAAUCAAUUUCAAGCUUUAUAAAUUUGGCAAGACAAUCUUUUAAUAUGUAUUAUUGUAUUGAUUUUGAUUUUUGGUUUACUUUAGGUAUAAACACUGCCGUUGCUCCAGUAUACUUAUCAGAAAUAGCUCCCAUCAGAAUACGAGGUGCUCUUGGGGUACUCAAUCAGUUUGGAAUAGUCACAGGAAUGCUUGUAGGCUAUAUUUUGGGGCUUAAAGAAGUAUGUUGCUCAAGCUUUUAAAUGUCCUUAGAUAGUCAAUAUUCUUCAGUUUAAAAAAAAAAAUCAUUAACAUAACAAAGUUUAUAAAUAAAAAAAAUUACAGUGGAACCCCGUCUUACUACCAUCGGGUAAUACGGUCACUUCGUAAUAUUGCCACAUUUUUUCAGGUCGGCAAAACGGCCAUACAUUUUCUUAUAAAAAACCCUUGUUAAUAUGGUCACCCGUUAAUACUGCCAAAGGCCAUAUCUAAAAAUCCUAAACAGUAGAAUCUUUUAUAAUUUCAACCUGUUAAUAUGGUCACUCACUCGAAAUUUAGAAAUUGAAUCACCUACGAAAGUCCAUUCAAUUGACCUAACAAGCUGAGCCUGUUCUUGUAUUGUUUUUAAACUACAGUGCACUUAAGAUGUAUUUGUGGUGGUUUAAUAGUCAAUUUUUAAGAGUGUUUAAUAUACUGAAGGAAAGUUUCAAGUAGUUUUUACAAAUUAUAUACAGUACGCAAUAUCUGCAUUCCAGUUUAGAAUUAAAGCAAACAGUUGUUCAACUGAAGUGAGAAAGCAAUGUAUGGUGUAUUUGUCAUUAUGGCCCUUGAGUCAUGAAAUUUGACCCUUCCCUAGUAAUAUGGCCACCCCAUUAAUACGGCUAAAUUUCUUUGACCCAUUGGUGACCAUAUUUACAGGGGUUCACUGUACCAGAAAUUCUAGUACAGUCGAACCUCGAUUAUCUGGAGCUCGGUUAUCUGGACUUUUCGAUUACCCGGACUUGUUUCCCUGGUCCCGUUUUUUUCAUAAAUGUUAAUAAGAUGUGAUAUUGAAAAAUUGAAUUGAUUAAAAGCUCAAUUACCCUUCCAAACAUGUGUUUGAAACAGUGAUUUAAUCGGGUUCGCUUUGAAAAAGCAUGAGCGGCAAGAGAUGGACAAUUAUCUGAUGCAUUCAGCUGCAUUCUGAGGGAAUGCCAUUCUUGAUUCUGCAUUAGUUAUGUAAACACAUGAACAAUCGAUCGUAAACUCAAAUCACGGCCAUGUCUAUGCAACGAAAGCGGUCCAUUCUGUUGAUAAAAGAUAAGCGAACAAUAAUUGUUUGUUUAUCCUUUAUCUAUUUCACAUUUGGAGAAAGGCAGAAAAGGAACAAAUUUAGGCUGCACUCAGUUUAAAAUCAAUCUUGCACCAGAUAUCAGAUAUAUGCAAAAGCAAAGAGAAGAUCAUGAAAUUCACUGACAGCAUCAUGACAAGUGAAGGAUUGAAAAUACAUAAAUGCUUACAGUUCGUACUUUAAGAAAAGUUUAGUUUUUCUAAACACCAUUUCUGCAAUUGGUAUAGGAUUUAAUGGAGCCAAAACCAAUUGUGGAAUUGGCACGCAUUUUAGGCAUCCUACUGAUGAACAGUUGUGACACGUAGAUAUAUUUUUUUUUAGCAACUAAUAUAAUUUGCAGUCUGUCUACUUUGAUUUGUUAUUAUUGUUGCUAUUUAUUAUUUUUUUAAGUCAAUGUGUCUACUUUUUGACUGACAUACUGACAUUGUAAUGUCCUUUUAGCCUACAAAGUGCUGUAGGCAUAUUUUGCAUUGCAAAGGAUAAUACUAUAGUUAUGAUCGUGAUACUAUACUUAUAUUCUCCUGCCAUCUUGGAUGUGGAAACUGACAAAGAGGGAGAGGUUGCCAGUGCCCCUCCUCCCUUAAAGUUUUUCAAUUGCUUUCACGAUGGUGGCCGCAAUCAAUGUACCUUUAAGCUUUUAUUUAAAAGAAUGCCUGCUCUGGAGGCCAUAUCCUUAUGUAACUAUGCACCGAAAUAUAUAAUUUUAUAUAAAAUUCGUCAUUUUGUGGCUUGUUUAAACCCUUGUGUUGUGUCAUGUCUGGUCCAUGAGAGCAUAAAUUAUGCCACUAAUUGUCACAUCUUUAAAUUGUGUCUCUAACCAGGGUCUUUCAUCUGUAUGUGCAUGUACUCCCCAUUCCUUAUGUUUUGGCUUAAAUGUCUUUGCCAAACAAUUCAGUAAUACAUUGUAAAACAUCCUGAAAUUAAUGCUUUGGCAUUGAAUGAUAAAAGCUGGUGCAUAUUACUUAAGACUGUGAAACGAAUUAGUGGAUGACAACUUUAUAAUGUAGGCGUAAGUCAUUGUAAACAUCCAGGCAUUAAUUUCUGACUGUGCCCUAAUUUGUGGCUUUGUUAAUGUAAUGGAUGUUGUGUUAACUUUAUGAUUUUGUUUUACCGGUGGCAGGUUCUUGGUACAGACACAGGCUGGCCUUACUUACUUGGAUUUGGAUUUCUUGUUGCCAUGCUUCAACUGUUUACCCUGCCAUUUUGUCCAAGAAGCCCACGUUAUUUGUUACUUAAGCUAAACAAAGAACCUGAAACUGUAGAAGGUAAUAUACUUUAUUUUGCUUAUUUUGCAUUUGACAUUGCCUUGAUAAAAACAACAUUGAUGUACCUACAGUAGAAUUCUGAUUUUUCUUAACACCCUAUUUCCCAGAACUCCUGAAAAUUCGAGCCUUAAUCUGAUUUCCCGUGGUCAGUCAAACACUGUCGUCGACAGGCCUGGGUCCCCAUUCAGGCAAAUAUGGUCAACCAUUUUCCAAUUUAAACAAAAAACACUUACUUUGAAAACAGGGCAAUUCUGCCAUCCUGUAUGUUACAGUAAUGCUGAAUGAUGCUUUGUUUUUUUUUUACUCCCUCUAUCUCUAUUCAUUUGCUUUCGCUUUUCAUUUUUCUUUUGUGUUUUGUCCUGUCCUGUAUGUGUGAAAGUCAUUUUUUUUUUUUUGCCUAAAAAGUGUUGACACCAUAAGGAGUAUGCAUUACCUACCUACUUAACUCAUUUAAUGGUCAUUUCUGGUGUCAGUUGAUGAGUAUAAUGGCAGGCAGGUUUUCUUUUAUUUUCACACUCACAGUACUGUUAAACUUGAAAAUCUUCAGUGCAUUAAUAAAAGUAAAUUUACUUAGUGUUAAUUAAGGUGAACUCAUUAAUUUUUUUGACACAGCCUUGAUAAAACUAAGGGGAACUUCCGAUGUGAGUGAGGACAUUGAAGAAAUGAGGGUAUGUUACUCAUCAAACAUUUAUUUUGCAACUAAUUUUAAGAGGCAGUGUUGUAAUAGCUUGACUUAAUUGUUUGGUCAUUAUAAGAAUAUUGGGGGUACCAAAAGAGUACUGCAACUCUCAUUGACAGUCUCGCCAACUUACAAUCAUCACUAAAUAAUAAAUAAGGUUAAGGUGAUUCCGUAGUAAAAGAACCUAACAUAGAUUGUAGAUGAAACUUGGUACACUGAUGUAACAAGUCAAGAAGAUGAUAAAAAAGUAAUAAAAAGUGGGGGUCACCCUGCUCGUUUUAACGUCAUGAUGCUGACAAAUACGGCUAUUUUGGACCCUUUGACAAAAUCCAUGCGCAGCCCAAAACUAGACAAAAAAGAAAGAUUUUUUGAUGAUGCAUGUGGUAUCGCACAGAAUUUGACUUUAAUGUAUUGUUUAUCCACUUACAUACCAUAAAAAUGCCUUUUAAUGCCCUUGUUUUUACUUUACUCUCCAAAGCAGAAUUAAAUUGGACACGCGCUAUUCGACACGUGAUAGCUCAAUCCGUACAAUUUAGUAAAAUUGCCAAAAAACUGAACAUAGAUUUGUGCCAAUUUUUUUCUCACCAAAAGGAAGCACUGUCCUUAUUAAAAUCAUGAAAUAAAAAAUGAGGGUCACCAUACUCAUUUUUGCGGUAGAGCUGCAGAAAGUGUGCACCAAAUGCAUUUUCCUUGAUUUUUGAGAGAGGACUGGGGUGAGUUUCAAAAUAGAAUGUAUGUGAAAGGGGGAAGAAAGUAUUAAAAAAGUCCGUUUUUACAGAAUUUACAUCUAGAUAUCACAUUUAGGACACAAUGUGAUAAAGAAAGCGUUUAAAUAAAAAUCAAGGUGAAUAAGCACAAAUUAAACAUCCACUAUCGAGGUUCUCCGUGAGGCAGUCAAACUCAGCAACACGCAUACUGCUUACGUUAUGCACAUUCCCACCACAUUGAGUCUCACCUCAGCAAGAAACAACCGCAAGCAAAAAGUGCAAUAGCGUUUCUCUUCAGUCAACUUCAUUUUAAUAAUGUUACUUCACAUGCUCUUUUUUACGGAGGCCAUCUUGUUAUGCGCAGUAAGAGAUGCGCAAUGCAAAACCAGGGAAUCACCUUAAGAGAUGAUGCCACUCAUGCUCACUUUUUAACAGAUUUCCUCUCCAUCCUUUUUGAUUACUAUUUUAUAAAAUGAAUGUGAUUAUUUGUGUACAUGACUGUUCCUCUUGCUGGGUUUCUUUGAGUAAAUGUAUCCUUUGACUGAUGUGGUACUUGUGACAUUUGAGGGGUGGCCUAUAAAGAAAGUGUGUAAUCUACAGCACAGGUAGCCCAAGCUCAACUGAGCGUAGAAUGCACAUGGCAUGUGUGAGUCGUUGUUUUCCAAAGAUCAGUUCCAGGGGCGGAUCUAGGGGGAGGGUGCAGGGGCUGUGCACCCCCCCUGAGAUGACCUGCGCUUUUCCAAUACAACUGGUAUUCUGCAAAAAAAAAAAAAAGACUGAACUAUGUGGUUUAUUGGUGUUGAAGUAGAGCAAGAGACGAGCGCACCCCCUCCGAAAAAAAAUCCUGGAUCCGCCCCUGAGUUCAAAGGUUAUGAAGGUUUGUAUGGGAUCAUUACCAAUUUGAUUUUAAAAGAUCAGUGCAAAUACCUUAACAUAUUAAAUGAAUUAACAAUAAUUUUACUUCUAAAAUUGAAUUGGUUGUGAUGUGUUGCAACACGUAAAGCACCACACAAAGUGAACCACUGUACUCCAUUGAGCUUGGGUAGCCUGUGCAUACAGUAUUUGAUUCACUAGUAGCCAUUGUGAAUAGUGUUCCAAAACCAUGAGUACAGGUAUGAAAACUGUUAGCACAUGUUACUUUUAUUUCACAGGGUGAGCAGGAGAAUCAUCUGAGAGAAGAAAAAGUCAGUGUGUUAAGAUUGGUUCAAAUCAAAGAACUAAGAAAACCUCUUGUGAUAAGUGUGGUGUUACAGCUGGCCCAGCAGUUCAGCGGAAUCAAUGCUGUAUGUUAACACAUCCUGAUACAUUAUUAAGUUUGUGCCAUGUUGUUAAGUGUAAUAUUAUUAUUGGAUUAUUAUGGAAGGUGCCUGCACAACAUGCAUCUUCUUCGGGUCUGCAAAAGUCCACCAAAGGGGGUGGGGAAGGGGGACUGGGAGAGAAAAGAGAAAAAAAAACAUGUUUUCUUCUCCCCUCCCCUCUCCCCUUCUGUUACUUUAACCCUAACAUCCCCUUAGGGACAAUAUUUCUACUCUCGUCAAUCUUCUCAUUGAUAGACAUGGUAGCCACGGUAGCAAAAACAUAAAUAAACUGCUUUUGCAUGCUCCAAAAUAUACCUGUACUACAAGCUAUGGUAAUUUAAUUACUAGUAAACACAAGAUAAAAGGCAAAAAAGUGUGGCUGGUAUCAACAAAUGAUUUUGUAAAUCACAAAAAACAUUUAACAUACUGUUUGCAGGCGUUUGUAUCCUCUAGAUCUCUUUCAGACUCACAUUUUUGGCGAUUUGUUUCUAAAAAGAAGUGGCAACCCCACUAAAGAGCACUUCUAAUAUUUUUUGAGUAAACAGAAGGAUCUAUGCAAAGAUCUCAGAAAUUUCGACAAGAGAAUUUCCUUUCACCAAAUUUUUACCUCAACCUCAACUGUACCUUUGCUUUGGGGUACCUGGGCUUUGUUUUGGCUUUUCAAAGGUUUCCAAGCCAUUCAUGCGAGAUCUUACCGCCUUAUCUAUAUUACCUCUCUCAGGAAAAAGAAAGCAGUCAAGAAUUCAACAUAAUUAUAUCCGUUUUGCCUGAUCUGCCUCGUUAACAUCUUAAUUACGCAUUAUGCUCUGUACAUGUAAACUCGGUACAGUAAGUUCAUCAUUACUACCUACUGAAAAUGUCACUAAUGAACAGUAUGCAGAUAUAAAGACAGACUGACACACUCUCUCUCUCUCCCGUAUAAUUACUUAGUAGAGUUAUGUGUAAUCCAUAACUAAUAUUUUUUCACAUGGAUUCGAUUCAACAAAGAGUGUGACAAGUCUCCAAUUCUUGUCACCAUCAUGCUGGUAUGACUGAUGUGAGAUGAUCUAAGAGGAAUGAUAAACCAUCAAGCAAUUUUCAUUUCCUUGUAGGUAUUUUAUUAUUCAACAUCAAUCUUUGCAUCAGCUGGUGUGAAAGAGGGCCGUGUAGCAUCUGUGUUUGUUGGUGUUACUAGUUUGGUCAUGACUGCUGUUACUGUAAGUUGCUCAUUGCAUAGGCAGACCAUCCCAUAUUCAUGUGGCUGCUGUUGUCAUCGGAAGUUGAGCAUCGAUCUAUACUGUACCUGUAUAGAAGAAAAUUAUUAGAGAGAAACAUUACGGCGGCUCUAUUUGCUCCAAAAUACAAAUUUCACUGUAAAUGUAUCAUUUAAAGUGUCUUCAACUUGUUUUCUGAAGGCCACAAGUUUAUUGUCAUUACUGACUGACUGACUUAAUUCAUAUAUUUUGCCAUCUCAAGCGUCAAUUUGUGAGAUCUUUUUCCACCGCCAAAUGAAAGAUAAAGCUGAAAAACUCUUUUCCUCCUAUACUUUAUAUUCUGGAACAAAUUGAAACCACGGAAAUGUUCAUUCCUAUUUGUUACAUACCAUAGGUUGAUGCUCAGUUUCAGUAUCAACAAUGCCUGACAUCAAUAGAGGGUGGUUUGCCUUUACUGCUAUAUAGUCAGGCUCUCCUAGUGAGCUGUCGGCCUACUUUCAGUCUAGUAAGUGACUAGCCUGCGUAGCUGGCGGGAUUAUUACUUCUGGGAUACUUACUUGAUGGCGAUGCCGUCACUCAAAGCAAACGGCGGAGUCGCGAGGGAAAAUCAGUUUUACUGGCUCCUAAUCCUCUAAUCCUGCCAGGUACUUAUGCAAGUUAGAGACUCAAGAAAGAUCUUUCAAGGAUUUGUUCACAGUACUACUGAAUUUAACCCCACGGCCCAGCACACUUGCAAAUAACUAACUUGUUUGCCUCCUGUUAGUUGAGUUUCUUUAGCUUGUUGCGUUACUUUGUUUGAUUUAUCUGUUCAAGCCACUUCCUUGGCCAAACUAGCCUUUGUGCUAUAAAUACUCAUCACUGCGAGGGUAACUAAAGGUUGCUAAUAACCUACCCUUGAAACAACAUAUCUGUAGAGUAUUGGAUCCUGCUGAGCCCAAAUGUUUUUUUUUUUUCAGUUUUCGCCAUAUCAGUCUUAUAUGUGUCUUGUUGUUUGAUCUUAGAGUACUCUCACGAUUUUUUUAAAAUUGCAGGUAAAAGUAGUAGAAGUUAUGGGACGGCGAUCAUUACUGCUGUUUGGUCAAGCUGGCAUGUUUGUGUUUUAUGCAGUGAUGACAAUAUCCUUCCGUUUUGAGGUAAGACUUAUCAAAACUUUGUGUCUUUUUGCUAGAAAAAGAUGGCAUUUGAGAGUUCAAACUGAACGUGAUUGUAAACUGAGUAGGACUGUGAUGAAAGAUCAUGUUUGAAGAUAAUAUAUUCAGUGGACGUCGUCUGUCUCAAUGACUGUACAGUUUGGUACUGUCUACAACGACCAUGGCAACUAAAUUUGUUGUAGUAUACAUUGUUAUGCAGUGCGAUAAGUUGAGGUAAAUUCUAGUGCAAUUUAAACUGUAAAUGACGUUUGUUGCUCUUGGUGAUUGCAGGAUUUAUCCGGAAUGAAUUAUGUGUCAGUGGUAGCAACGUUGUUGACUGUGACCUUUUUCCAACUUGGUCCAGGUAAAGUUGCCAGGACUGUUUUACUUGUAGAUCGUCUUCUCGCCGUAAUGUUAGUAAUCCUGUAGUGUGGGAAACCUUGGAGAUUAGGACGGGAAUACGACUGACUGUUAUUUAAUUAAUUAUUUAAUAAAUCAUUGACGUUUAUUUUGUAAACUUGGUUAACUUCUUGUGGAGAAUGAGUCGAAAUGACUAAUGAGGAUGAAAGUGCCCUGAAGCUUGAAACAAGAUUUCCUUUAAAAUCAAAUCACAAAGUACGCGUUUUUAGCCCAUUCGCCCUCGUGAAUUUUGCCGAAAAAAGCAUAGUUGGGCGGUUUUCUAGUCACUGUCUGGCUAUAAAGAGCUAAAACUUACCACAAAGCCGUUUACAGGUCGUACAUCCGCGGCCUUCUGAUCCAGAUGCAAAAUAUUAGCUGGCGAAGUUCGGACAUGCGCAGAAAGUAAAGUUUCGAGAUGCUUGACGUUUUCUUUUCGCUUUCUUUCCUCCCCUCUUCUUUCGAUUUUCUCGCUUCAUUUUUUCCUUUCUCUGGUCACUUAGUAGGAUUCAUUUUGGUGAGAGAAGUUUUUGGAAAUUCUUUUAGGAUCUUGGGAUAGGUUGAAAGGAAAGGUAGGUGGGGAGUGGAGCUAGAUUUUCAUGGAAAUUUUCGGGUCAAUGUUACAGGGUUUUUUCCCUUUUUCUCCGUUGUCCUUGACUGAAUUGUGCUCAUUCUGGUAUGGUUUGAAAGAUCUCUUCACUCUGCACAAGUUAGCGGACAAACUUUUCCUUAACCGUUAAAACUGGUGACAUCAAAAGAGGUAGAAGGGAAGUGGAUCCGCACGGGCGGUUACGAGCGGUUCAGGGGUGAAUGUGUUAAGUAACUUGCACGUUGUAGUCGUUGUAUCUGUGAAUGAAUCCUUUUGUUUUGUUUAUUUGUCUGUAGGUCCAAUCCCAUGGUUCAUUACAGCUGAACUGUUCUCCCAGGGUCCCAGGCCCGCCGCGGUUGCUAUAGCAGGGGUGGUUAACUGGCUCGCAAACUUUAUCGUUGGACUUGUGUUUCCCUCAAUGCAGGUCAGUAUUCAGGUUGAACUUUGUUCCUUGUUAUAGAGCGGGUUUCACUUGACUGUCGAAAGUAAUUGAGGAAUUGGUUUGGUUUUGGUUUUACUACGCCCUUUCGUUGGCUAGUGUAUUUACUUUGGUUUUGGUUUUACGACAGUCAAGUGAAAACCGCUCUAAAGUGUUAUUAACAGUGUCUUUAAUGUUUUGUUUAGGCAGCCUUGACGCCUUAUACCUUCCUGGUUUUCAUGGUGCUUGUGGCGUUUUUCUUUGUCUUUACUCUAAUUUAUGUACCGGAAACAAAAGGAAGAACCAUUGAGCAAAUAACAAGUCAUUUCAAGGCCGACUCAGAAGAACCGAAUGGGGUUCACGUCGUCUAUGAAAGAGAUCAUAAUAACUAAACAGAUAGCUUUUGAAAUAAAGUAGUGCGAAAAAACAAUCGAACCUUCCUUAAGCAACAACCUUAAUACCAAGAAGUUGGUGUUGGCUCAGUUACACGAGGUGUUGUACAGGAAUGGUCGAGUGUAUGAAUAAUUUUAAUCCAAAGUUUAUUUAUGUGAUAAUUAAACCAUCUGUACAUGAUUUCUGUGGACAUGAAAUAAUUCCAAAUUAUUUAUAAACUAAUUAUGUGCUGAUAGCAGUUAUUCUAAAGCACGUUUCUCUUCGCAUCCUGAAUGGUUGUUUCUAUAAAGAAAAUAUAAUUUAUAAUAAUGACAAUAGCUAGUUAACACAACAGUAAAUCUUAGCAAUAAUAAAUUGGAGGAAGUCCACUCUUGUUCCAAAACUGCUGUUAAAAGUGAAGUAUUCAUUUCACACACUGGUUUCUCAAGUGACUGGAGGUAGACUGUGGCAGGGUUGCCAUGGUGACCUCCUUGGUGCUAAGAAGAUUGCUGCCUUCAUCUGUCACUACCGCAGCUACACUCCGAUACUUCAACUGGGUGAGAGUUAAAUUGAGUGAUAUUUUCAGACAAUUUCGUCACCUGUUACCGCCAAUGGUGGAAAAUAUCUAUAUUUUUUGGUGGUACUUAGUACGUUAGAAUUCCAAACCGUUACACUAUCUAAAAUGCGUACAUUACUUACACAUUCUGAAGAAAAUAGCUAUAAUUCCAAUACUUGUUUUGUGAGAAGUGAAAUUUCUGUUAUUGUACUGAGACUCUUGAAUUAAUGAAUAAAUGAACGAACGAACGAGUGAAUGAAGACAUAAAUGAAAGUUCUACUUGAGUCAGAUAAAAAGGCAAUUGUUUAGUAACAAGUAAGACCAUAUUUUUGUGGUAUUUACCCAAGCUAGGCAUGUUAAGGUGCUCGUUGGUCUCAUAAAUUAUGAGUGGUGUUCGCCAUGUAGUAAUAAAUUAUCUGCAUGUUGUGUUCAUGUGAUCGGUGCAUAUGUUAAAAACAUGGUAUCUUUAAACACUUCCAUCCCUAGGAAAUCAAGGGUGAGACGGUUUAACUAAGUAAUUCUUAAGAAUGUACCAGGAUAGUAUUUUUUUAAAAAAAGAAACUAUAUGACAGAGUUUAACUUAAUGAUAAUCGUUGUUAAAGUGAAUGAUGUGUGAUUGUAAACGAAUAGGAUGACCUAAAUAAAUUACUGCGACAUAAAUGUCAGCAA